UAAAAAAGGUAGAAUCUAGAAUAGUAGUGACAUCUGCGUGUUUUCACACUUUACAGUAGUUUCCAAUCACUUUCGUCGAUAUUCUUUUGUAAUUACUACUUAUUCUCAUUUGUCCGCUUUUUAAUUAUUAUAAUGGCAUUUUUGGUCCCCAAUUUACGCAGGUGUGUUAGUUUAAAAAAUUUGAAUAGCAGUGUUAUUCCAAAAGCAUCGUACCAUGCAAAUGUUAUUGAUCACUAUGAAAAUCCUCGGAAUGUUGGCUCACUUGACAAGAAAGACAGAAAUGUUGGCACUGGUUUGGUUGGUGCUCCAGCUUGUGGUGAUGUAAUGAAGCUCCAGAUUAAAGUUGAUGACAAUGGCAAAAUUAUUGAUGCUAAAUUCAAGACAUUUGGAUGUGGUUCGGCCAUAGCUUCCAGUUCUCUCGCCACGGAAUGGGUAAAGGGCAAGACAGUUGAUGAAGCUUUGAAGUUGAAAAACACAGAUAUAGCGAAGGAAUUGUCUUUGCCACCUGUUAAACUUCAUUGUUCUAUGCUUGCUGAAGAUGCUAUUAAAGCAGCAUUAUCAGACUACAGAAUCAAGAACCAGAAUCCUGGUAAAAAUGAAUAAAUAGAAUAUUGGAAUGGAACAAAGGAACAGAUCUGUGAUUUUUAGAUUGAUGAGGAAGAUAAAACUCUAUAUUUAUUUAUAUAUAUGACUUAGCUAUGUAUCAGUAGGUGGCACUAAGAUUUUGUUGCAUUAACUAUUGGAGUGUAAUAUAUAAUUUACAAAAUGUUUGAUUUGAAAGUAGUAAUUGCUGUUGACAAAUUAAUUGAGAAACAAAUUUCAUUGUAGUACCUAUAUUGUAGAUGUUAUUGUUUAAAAUAAAUUUUAAUUGA